AUGGAAAAUUAUAAUCAAACAUCAACUGACUUCAUCUUAUUGGGGUUGUUCCCAGCAUCAAGACUUGGCCUGUUCCUGUUCAGCUGCACUGUUCUCUUUUUCCUAAUGGCUCUGUUUGGUAACCUAUGCAUGACCCUCCUUAUCUUCCUUGACACCCAUCUCCACACACCCAUGUAUUUCCUACUUAGUCAGCUUUCCAUCAUUGACUUAAAUUAUAUCUCCACCAUUGUCCCUAAAAUGGCUUACAAUUACCUGUCUGGAAACAAGUCUAUCUCCCUCAUUGGGUGUGGGUUUCAGAGCUUCUUCUUCUUGAGUUUAGCAGGUGCAGAGGCACUGCUGUUGACAUCUAUGGCCUAUGAUCGUUAUGUAGCUAUUUGCUCUCCUCUCCACUAUCCCAUCCGUAUGAGCAAAAGACAGUGUGCACAGAUGAUAAUAGGAUCUUGGAUCAUGGGCUCAAUCAACUCCUGUGCCCACACUGUGUAUGCCUUCCAAAUCCCUUAUUGUAGAUCCAGGGCCAUCAACCAUUUCUUCUGUGAUGUUCCAGCCAUGUUGACUCUGGCCUGCAUGGACACCUGGGUUUAUGAAUACACAGUGUUUGUGAGCACCACUCUCUUCCUUGUGUUUCCUUUCAUUGGUAUUGCCUGUUCCUAUGGCCGUGUCCUCCUUGCUGUGUACCGCAUGCCCUCAACAGAAGGGCGGAAGAAGGCCUACUCAACCUGCAGCACCCACCUUACAGUGGUGACUUUCUACUAUGCACCCUUUGCUUACACUUAUCUACGCCCAAGAUCCUUUCGCUCUCCAACAGAGGACAAGGCUCUGGCUGUCUUCUACACCAUCCUAACACCAAUGUUAAAUCCCAUCAUCUACAGCUUGAGAAACAAAGAGGUGAUGGGGGCCCUGAGAAGACUGAUUCAGAGAAUGCACUCUGUGAAAAUAUAA